AUGCCUGAAGAAGUGUUCAGGAGGCAUCGCGGCAAAUCGGCGCCGAGAGGUAGAUCUCCCAACGCGAAAGCGUUGAAGAAGGCAUCCAAACAGGGGGAAGCAUAUGUCACCCCUCCGCCCCGGGACAAGCCUGGCCAAAAGGGGCCCAGUGAGGGUGCUUCAAGUUCAGAGGAGAAACCAAACAUGUUCGCUGAGUAUUGGAAGAAGUAUGAAUGUCCAGGGCUCUAUCCAAAAGCGCCAGGGGAGACAGAAAGCCAGAAGAAAAGCAAGAAGAGUAAGAGCAAAGGGAAGAAGAAUAAGGACAAAGAUGGCAAGGCAGACAAGGGUGAGGACAAAAGAAAACAUGCCCUGCCUACGACAAGUCAAAGCUCCAAGAAGAAACAAAAACCUGAGGGUGAUGUGCCAGAGGAACCAGUGAUUCCCAGCAUCGACAGUGAUGACAUGGAGUCGACCGAGGCCAGCGAGGAGUCCGGUGAGGUUCCACUGGAGCCUCAAAAGAAAAAGCAGGGAAAGGAAAGCAAGAAGAAGGCAAAGAAGAGCGAUAAGAAGGCAAAGAAUGAAGAAGAAAAGAAGGAUUGCAAGAAGGAUCAGAAGGUAAAGAAAAGCGAUAUGAAGGAGAGCGAGAAGAAGGAUGAAAAGAAGAGUGGGAAGAAUGAGGAGAAGAAGGGUGAAGAGACCAGCGAGAAGAAGGAAGAAAGGAAGAGCGAGAAGAAGAAAGAAAAGAAGAUCGAACAGAAGGAUGAAAAGAAGAGUGAUAAGAAGGAAGGCAAGAACGAUAAGGAUGAAAAGAAGAGUGAUAAGAAGGAAAGCAAGAGCGAGAAGGAUGAACAGAAGAGCAGCAAGAAGGAGGAAAGCAAGAGCGAGAAGAAGAAUGCUGAAAAGAACAGGGACAAGAAAGGUGACACGAAAGAAGAAGAGGAGGAGGUGGACUCAAGUGAGACUGAAGAAGAAGAAGAAGGCUCUGAUUCGGAAAGCGCUAGUGAAUCGCCAGCUGAUGAGCCAGCUCCCAAGAGCAUCUUGAAGAAGACAACGGGGCAUGAGAAAGAUGAUGGCAAAGAAGAAAGCUGUGACGACAGCGAUGAUGAGAGCAGCAGUACUGGUGAAGAUGGAAGCGACAAAGAAGAUGAAAGUGAAGAAGAGGAGAAUGAGGAUGAAGAAGAAGGAGAGGAAGGUAGCAGUGAAUCAGAAUCAGAAGAGAGCACAAAGGGAAAGAAAAGAAAACAUGAUGAUUCAGAUGGUUCAGAUGCGGAGGAGGAGGAGCAGGAGGAGGACUCGAAAGGGAAGGGGAAGGAUAUGAAGAAGAAGAAGAAAAAAGGGAAGAAGCACAGCAAGAAAGAGGAGAAGGCCAAGCGAAAAGAAGAAAAGAAAAAGAAUGAAUGCGAGGACAGCGAGAAGCCUUUGAAGGGGGCAGAGGAGUCGCUAUCAAAGAAUAGCACUACAAACCGGGCAGAGUGGCAGCAGUUUCAGCGCUGGCUGAAGAAUAGCCGACGGUGUCCUGCUAAGAUCGAAACUCGACGCCAGCUAUUCCUGGACUUCUUGAAUUCCGACAAGGACUUCAAACAGGUGGAAGCCAGGUUUGAGGCCCGGCUGAUGGAGAGCCAGCGAACUCAGGUGAGGUAUGGCUUUCGAAACGAUCAGUGGCUCAUCAAGAACCAUGGGCAACGCAAAGCUGAAAAGAUCAUGACUAGAAAGCGGCAGUUGGGAUUGACCAUACCAGACCCAGAGUUUCCAGGGGAGGACGAGCACUUGUUCUUCGUCAUGGUGGAAUUCAACAUCGAUGACAUCAAAGAGCUCCGUCGAGUGACCCAGAUUGAACUCACCGGAACCCUGGACGCCGACGGCGUUCGGGCCUUCGUUGAGGUAGCUGGGCAGCAUGGUGUGCUAACUUUAGCGUUCAUCGUUCAUGGGGGGAAAGGGAACAUUCGCGACACUGCCGUAAGGGAUCACGCCUUCAAGCUUCGUCCACUGGCGCUGUCCACCGAUCUCAUUACGCAGCUGAAAGCGUGUGCAGUCAAGCUGCAACAUUGGGCCGAUGUUCUGCAGUCACGGAUUUCCAAGAAGUAUAAUAAAAGCAAAUACUAUCGUGAUGUGGAAGAUCAGGUGGAAGAAGAUUCCAAGGUGGCGAAGGACCGGAUUGAUUUGGCCAAAGCCCUGAUCAGGGCUUCAGAGAAACCAGCGAAACAGAAAACGUCCAAAAAGGAAAAGGAAGAAAAGAAAGACCAAGCUGGUGCUGCAGAGCGUGUGUCGGGCAAGAGUCCCACUACUGCUUAG